GCAACCGAGCAGUGCGCAGACGCUGGAGCGGCAUAAACAAGUGUGCCUUCUACCUUUAGACUCCUUUUGCUCUGCUAUAACGUCAGUUUACUUCUGGCUAUCGCAAUAGCCUGGCCGCGAGCGCGGUCUCUCGUAUCCACGCCCCCUCGCCCACACAGACCAACACACCGACACACAUACAGAGAUACAGCAACAGCAACAAGAAGAUAACACGGCAAUGUGCAAUAAUCGAUAAACGUGCUGUUCGAAAAAUAAAAACUUCCAAUUAAAGUAAUCGUAGAUUAGAUCAAAAUUGUUAUACACUGUAAUUCGUGCUACUUGAAACAUCUUCACAUUUACGUAGUAAAAAGGAAAUAACGAAACGAGAACAUUUGCAAACUCUCAUAGAUUUUCUUACCAACAAAAACGAAAACGAAGGGGGUUGCUGUUCUCUCGCUUGCACCCUCUUUGUGAGUGUGGGGCACCAACUAGAAAAUAACGAAAAUCCCAUGACUAUAAAAUCCAAGUGUAUCGUUACGGCAAACUUUAAAAUUUCAUUCGAACGCAAACAGGAAAACGUGAGAGGAACGCGCGUGGGUCAUGUCGCUGGAGGAUCCGUUUUUUGUAGUCAAGGACGAGGUUUUCAAAGCGCUGAAUAAGACACGCGGCCUUUACCUGCGUUGGCGCGAGCUGGGCGAGAACGGGGGCGCUGAGGUUGAAUGGACCACGACGGAGCUGCGUAAUUCGCUGCGCAGUAUUGAAUGGGACCUCGAGGAUCUGGAGGACACUAUCAGCAUUGUUGAGAAAAAUCCUACGAAAUUUCGCAUCGAUAAUCGUGAACUCUCCAGCCGGCGACACUUCAUAGACAACACUCGGGAUGAGGUCAAGCAGAUGAAGGAUAAGAUGAGCCUGAAUCGGAGCAGGGACAGAGAUAUAACCGCACAUCAACCACUGCUCGAGAACGAACGCAAUCCCAGCCUCAAUCAUAAUCACAAUCAUAGCCAGAGCAACGAUUAUCACUCGCACAACGAUCGCACCUAUCUGGUCGACUGUCCCAAUACGCAAUCCGUGGCCAAUACUAUAGCUGGAACAAUGUCGGCGGCAACGGCAGCGGCGGCGGCUGCCACUCGGCACAGUGGUACCAAAUACUCGAAACUGGAGAAUGCUCUGGAUAUAGAUAGUCCCAGUCAUUAUGGGGGCAAUCUGGAUAGUCCGGGCCAUCGAUAUGUCGGCGAGACGGUGUCCAUACAGCAGCGUAUGAUCCAGGGUCAGGAUGAACAGCUGGAUAUGAUCAGUGAUUCCAUUGGCACCCUUAAGACUGUUUCCCGUCAAAUUGGCGUCGAAUUGGAUGAGCAAGCGGUCAUGUUGGACGAUUUUGGUAAUGAGUUCGAUACGACCGAAUCAAAGCUCGACACAACUAUGAAAAAAGUUGCCAAAGUUUUGCACAUGAAUAACGAUAAGCGACAGUGGGCCGCGAUUCUCAUACUUUCUGUGCUGUUAUUGUUUGUGAUAAUUUUGUUUAUUAUUUUGUAAUUUUGUUUUUUUAAUUCUCUCUCCGUUGAUUGUAGUGUAAAUUCAUUAGAUUUAUA